AUGCUGGUGACGAUGGCAUCCUCUUCGGGCUCCCCGAACAUCCUGGGGUCCCCUGAGGUUCUGUGCCGCCUGCUCCAGCUGCUUUCCACCUGCCUGGCCUUCUCGCUGGUAGCCAGCGUGGACGCAUAUGUAGGGUUCUCGGGUGACUGGUGCAUGUUCGCCUGGUGCUUCUGCUUCGCCGUGACCAUCAUCAUCAUCAUCGUGGUGGAACUAGGCGGGCUCCAGGCUCGCUUCCCGCUCUUCUGGCGCAACUUCCCCAUCAUCUACGCCUACUACGCCACCCUCUUCUGCUUCUCGGCCUCCAUCAUCUACCCCACCACCUACGUCCAGUUCUUGGGUCACGGCCGCACCAGGGGCCACGCCAUCGCCGCCACCGUUUUCUCCUGCAUCGCGUGUGUGGCUUAUGCCACCGAGGUGGCCUCGACCCGGGCCCAGCCCGGUAAGAUCACAGGCUACAUGGCCACCGCGCCAGGCCUGCUCAAGGUGGUGGAGACCGUCGUGGCCGGCAUCAUCUUCGCCUUCAUCAGCGACCCCUACCUGUACAAGUACAAGCCGGCGCUGGAGUGGUGCGUGGCCGUCUACGCCAUCUGCUUCAUCCUGGCCGCCGUGGCCAUCCUGAUGAACCUGUUCAACUUCACCAACGCGCUGCCCAUCCCCUUCCCCAGCUUCCUGUCCGGCCUGGCCCUGCUCUCCGUCCUCUUCUACGCCUCGGCCAUGGUCCUCUGGCCUCUCUACCAGUUCCACGAGAGGUAUGGCGGCUUCCCCGAGCGCAGGAGGGAUUCCGUCUGCAGUACCGGCCACGUUCACUACGUGUGCGCCUGGGACCGCCGCCUGGCCGUGGCCAUUCUGACGGCCACCAACCUGCUGGCCUACGUGGCUGACCUGGUGUACUCGGCCCACCCGGUCUCUGUCUGAGGCUGUCCCGGAGCUCCCGGUGCCCUCUUCUCUGCGAGGGUGUCUCUACCGGGUUCUGAUCUCCUCCAAUGUCCUCCGCCUGGGGCUCCUCUCCCAUUUCUGUCCCCUGCUCUCCCCCGUCCCCUACUCUCUGUCCCCAUCCCUUCCUGCAUCUUUGGCUGCCCACACCCUGUGUUGCCUUUCUCUCCUCACUCUCUCUCUCCUUUCCUCCCUAGUGGGUUCUUUCCUGGUGAUCCUCCCUGUUUGCUUUCUUGCCUGCCUUGUUUCCUGUACCAAUUCUUCCCACUUCCCUUCUUCCGCUUUCCUUGGGAGCCCUGGGACUUCUUGGUCACCCCCCACUCCACCCCAACUCCAAAGGUGCUGAGCUCCACACCCCAUACCCCACACCCCACAUAGCAGCUGGUC